AAAUUCCCACUUCUUUCCCUAAAAUUGUAAGUCUACAUCACAAAGAUGGUUAAGUGGUGUACACAUUAAACAUCACCCAACGCAAUGAUAACACUCGGAACUACUCGGAUGUCUCCGCACUCGACAAUAACCUCGGACGUAAUACGGAGGCAGCCAUAUUUGAUUGUUGAUUGUUGGGAAGGAACUACUUUCAACCUCGCGCUAAUUUAAACCUAAUUCUUUCAACGCCUGUAUCUAUUUAUCUUUUAAAUCAAAGUCAAUCUUAGUGCAUUGUUUGGCAAACUGUAAAGCAUCAUAAAAUUCAGUGGUAUUGACAGCCAUCCUUAUGAGCGUAAUGAUCGAUUGAGUGAGAAGGCAUUUCCGGCGGACAAAAUGCAUGGAUUUGGUGCAUAUUUCUCCGCCUAUCACAGUAUGGAGCUUGCGGAAUGAGCCGAGGAUUGCCGAUUAGUCAAAUCUCACGAGUGACCUUAGGGGGAAGGUCGAGGAAAUGUGACCAGGUUUGGGUGUUGCUGAUGUUCAAGUUUACUGCGCGUGUAAGCCCUUGUGAAAAUACAAACUGGAUACAUAUCAACAGGAGAAUGUGACAUUGAUUCAGCCGCGCUGCUGUUGUAAAGUUGGAACGCUUUCUUUAAGUGCAGACAAAUAAAAAACGCAGACGCUGCAAGUACUACUAUGUCUGGUGAAUUGUCCAGGCCAGCUCCUCCAGUGGUGGGGAAGGUGACCCAUUUCAGUGUGGAGCUAUACUGGGAUGAAGCUCUGGCCAAGGCCAAAGAAGAGACAGGAGAAAAAGGAGGAAGAAUCAGAGUUAGUGUACAAGAACAAGACAAAAAAUCAAAUUCCUGGGGGAAUGUUUACACAGGUUAUUCCAAGAGUCAUGUGAUUGAAUCCCUGGACGAACUUACACAGUACAAGUAUAGGCUUAGGUUCCAGAAUGAUGAUGGGCCUUCAGAAUGGAGUGCUGUUACCACAGUGUGCACCACAAGGGAACCUUUGACUGGGGACCACCUACAUAGGGCAGUCAAUGCAAAUAAUCUGGAGGAAGUUGAACGGAUUCUGCACACAGGAGAGGUAAAAGCUGAGAUUCCAGACAAGUAUGGCUUCACUCCGCUCAUGCAAGCUGCAACCAAAGGUUAUUUAGAUAUUUUAAGAACAUUGAUUGAAAAUGGUGCCGACGUCAACUUCGCAAAUGAGUCGAAAAAAACUGCACUGAUGAUGGCCUGUUUUUCUGGCAAUCUCGCUGAGGCCCAGGAACUUAGAAAGCAUGGUGCUGACUACAAUGCACGAGACAAGGGGGGUUCAAUGCCCAUACAUUGGGCUGUAGAUGGUGGAGACCCAAACCUUCUGGAGUGGAUUAUACAAGAUGGUGCAGAUGUCAACUCAAAAGAUUCGCACUCACAUUGGACACCAUUGAUUCGAGCUGCGACUAUUGGUGGAAAUGUGAAAAUUGCAGAAGUUUUGAUAAAGCAUGGAGCCAAUGUCAACAUGCAUGAUAAGGAUGGAAAAACAGCACUAAUGUCAGCAGUCAUAAAUGGGUAUCAGGAAUUAGUGCUUCUUUUACUGAAAGAAAAUGCAGAUGUAUCUGUAAAGAAUGAGUAUGGAAAGAAUGUGUAUGAAAUGGCAGUUUCAAUGGAUAAGAGGAAAGUGAUCAAGGUUCUGGAGGAUCAUAUGUCCAAGACUGGCAUAAAAAUUGGACAAAAAUUCUGAAGGUUGUCACAAAAUCAAAGUUUUCUUGACAUCAUUGUGAACUGUUAUAUAAAGCAUAUGUGUCGGAAUCUUCCAAAAAGUUUACUUUUAAAAAACGUUAACUUUUAAAGGCAUGUUUAGAACAGUUGAUAUAUUUGUAAAACUUAUAAUAAAUGUAUUUAAGGCAAAAAGUCCAUGAAGUGUUUAUGACCUGUAAGAUUACUUAUCUUACUUAGAAUCAGACAAUACUAGGUUUGCCUUUGCUGAAAUAGUUGCAUCUUUUAAUAAGAGGAAUCUUGUUGUGUUUGUUGAAAAUGUUACAGAGCCAAAGUUGUUAACAUUCCAUACUUAAUUCAUGUAUGUAUCAGAGGAAUGAUAGAUAAGAUAUAAAGCUGGUAAGGUUGAAGAUGCAUAUAUUACCUGUCUCAGAAUCCGUCCACUAAAUAUGCAAACUUGAACUAUGGUUUGUGUGUAAACACUGCUAAAUUGGUAUUCACUUUUUUCAUAUUUUAUGUAUGUUGUUUUUAUUGCUUUUUUUUUCUAGUAAGAUUUUCUAACACAAUAAAUGUACUGUAAGAGUUUAUCUAAUAUGGAAAAUAUAACAAAAAUUUAUUUUCCUUUCAGUUAUUUAAUGGUGCAAAAACAAACGCAUGGCUUCUGUUUAGUAACAAUCUAUAACUUGCCUGAGACUUUUAAACCUCUUCUCAUUUCAUUCUCAAGCUGCCUUUCAAUUUUUUUUUCUUGUAGAACUGAUAAAAUUGUAUUUAUGUUUAUAAAUGCUCAAUAAUGUUCCAAAAAAGUGUGGUAGAUGGUACAAGUUAAAAGUUUCACAUUCUGUAACAUUUAACUCAAGGAAUCAGGUUUGUUGUGCAAUGUAAUUUUGAUGACGAACUUAAGAAUAAACUGUGCCCAAAGUUACAGUUAACAUUCCACCCCCAGACAGUGACAAAGAGGCAGCAGCUAAACUGUAUUUUCAAAAUGAUAAAUAACAGAGUGUAUGUGUGACUUUAACCCACCUAAUCAAUUUCCAAUACCUAAGAAACAUGUUUGUAUUGACUUCUUAGUAGAAGAGACUUGUUAAUUAUUAGCAUUAUUGUUAUCUUACAUUUUUCAUGAUGAAAAU